CCCGAGGAGAAGGACCAGCUUCAGGGAACGCCACCCAAAUCAGAGCGGGACCAUGGCCGGCGGCGACGCCCCACCACCAGCCGUCAAGACCGAGAUGCAAGGCGGCAGCGGCAUUGGCAGCUACCUCAUAGUGGCCUGCGGCUUAGUGUUAAUAGGGCUCCUCAUAUUCCUCCUUAUCUACGGAGAGCACAUCCAGAUGACCCUCCGCAAGUCCGAGAAGCGCAGGCGCUGCGAGACUGCAGACUGCGAGCAGGUCAAAAAGAUGAUGCACCUAGGACCAGUGAGCGGCGACCUGCCCUGUCGGGACUUCUACUCGUACGUGUGCAGCCCCUGGGCUUCUGCGAACAUCAAGGGCGUCAACGUCUCCUGGCUGGGCAGCCAGAAGUACGUCGACGACUUGCAGGCGGACAUGAAGAAGCGGGAGCCCAACAACACCUACCAGACUGUCCUCGACAUGGUGCUCAUCACCUACCGGUCCUGCCUUCUGUCGGUAAAAGAAGCCCUAGCCACCGAAAUCAAGCCAGUUUUCGAAAAGUUUCAGAUCGGUAACUGGCCGCACUUCACCUUAUCGGACACCGAGUCAUACGACAUCUUCCAGGAGCUCAUGCAUCUGGACAUGAAGUGGGGGAUGAAGAUUGUGUUUGUCUUCGAGAACGCGUUGUUCGGCGAAGGCAUGUUGCGACGUCGACUGUCCAUCCAAGCGACUCCCUUUGCAUGCCCCUUUUCGCCUGACUCGAACAAGAGUCUCGAAAGUUACUAUGAAGAGUAUGUUAAAGAAGUAUUUGGACUGUUUUCCUACUACGACGGUGCCGCUGCUCAAGAGCUAGUUGGCAUUCAUCUGAGCAUUUGUCGUGCCUCCAAAGCCAUGCUGGGCGUGCAAAAGUCGCACACGCUCCAAGAAAUUGCCGCCGUCACCAGAGAUAUCGGCUUGUCUGAGAAAGUCUGGAGCGAGGCUCUGGAGCCCAUGGGAGCCAUAACAUCAACGACGCGCUUCCACACCAAGUUGUACUACAUUGGAGAAGCUCUUAGAAGUCUGCUAAAGGACUUGCCUCCUGAAAGUGCAAUGAGAUUCUUUGGCUUCUCAGUACUCACACAAAUGGCAGUGCAUCAAGAAGAACUUCGAAAAGUUAUGGACAAGUACUUCAACUUCGAGCAUCCUGUAGUACGCAGUCCAGUUCAAGUUGAAGUCUGCGUGUCUUUUAUCUUCACCCAUUUCAUGGAAGCUUGGAACCUGUACGUUCUGUCAGUUGCGAGCACCAACAAAGACUCCUCAAAAGAUGUGCGCCAACUCGUUAACUCCAUAAAGAGCUCCAUGACACGUAGAAUACGCAGCUCUGAAUGGAUGGACGAGCUUUCGAAAUCCAGAACGCUGGAAAAGCUGAAAAGGACAACAGUUGUUCCACCAGAGAUUGGCUCGUAUCUCAAGACUUUCAACCUUGCAGAGAGGUAUGCCAAUUUGGACGCGCUGUCACCAACAGACUACUACAGCAACCAGCUUAAGAUACGCGCCAACAAUGCGCAGUACAACGUACGCGGCAUCAAGCGGUCAUUGGGCGAGCGCAAUGUUGCCUUGGCUGGCGGAGAUGCCAACAUGGCCACUAACAUGGUUCACGUUUACGCAGGACUCCGACGCUUACCAUUUUACUCCCCCGAAGUGCCCACUCGCGAUCAAGUACGGUGGUUUAGGAAGCGCUACUGGCCGACUGCUGGCUCUGCUGUUCACCGGCAAGAGCGUAAAAAAAGACGUUCUUGGCUCGACCGCACACUGGUGGACUGGAGGCGUGUACCGAGAGUACAAAAAGAGGGCCAUGUGUUUCGCCCAGCAAGCCAAUCCCAACGCUCCUUUGGGGGAAGAGGCUGACUUCCUGGCCGACUACCUUGGCGCACGCGUAGCGCUGGACGCUCUACUUUUCGCCAUGGCUGACCGUAAGACUCGCCUUAUCAUACGCGACAUCGGACUGAGUGAUGAACAGCUUUUCUUCAUCACUUACUGCCACGUAAUGUGCGCCAGCGUCGACUUUGAAGGAAAGCUGAUGCUCCCAGAGAGAGCGCUUAAACGCUGCAACGGGGCCGUCAUGAACAUGCCAGAGUUUGGUAAAGCGUUCCGGUGUAACCACAGUGACGUUGACAAGGACGCGAUUCUCAACCCCGCGCAUAAAUGCUCCCUUUACUGA